UGUAUUUUUCCACCCCUGAAGCUCUGCUAAUGUAAACAGGGGGUCAGUAGCAUGUAGGCUAAAGUGCUCAGUGGCUCUUGUUUGAGGCUCGACAUCAGGAGCUCCAUCUGGCCAGAAUCUCUCCUAGAAUCACAGCAAUUCUUCAGAGAAAAGCAGCGGAAACUUUUGUAGGGACUUGGGAACAGGGCAGAAAUGAUGAUGAUGAUGAUGAUGAGACACUGUGUGCUGAGCCUGCUGCUGUUAGCACCACUGUGCUACACACACCACUUUCUCCCACAGAGCGGUGCGUCACAGUUUCUCAGCCGGCACCGGCGAGCAAACGCGAUGUUCGAAGAGAGCAGGAAGGGCAAUUUGGAGCGAGAGUGCAUCGAAGAGCUGUGCAGUAAAGAGGAGGCACGGGAGAUCUUCGAGAACAUUCCUGAAACGGAAUAUUUCUACCCCAAGUAUACCGAGUGUCUGGUGUACUAUCGCGUGGGGAUCCACAAUCAGAACACGGAGACAGGAAUUCCUCUGGACCUCCGUACCUGCGUUAGAGAGAUCAGUAACCAGUGUUUGCCGCUGCCAUGCUAUAAGGAGGGAUACGAGCGCUGCGUGGAUGGGAAGGGCACGUAUACUUGCGUGUGCAAACCUGGCUGGAAAGGGCUUCAUUGUGAGGAGGACAUCGACGAGUGUAAAGACGUAGGAUUCCUCGCCGGGUGUAAGCAGGGCUGCCAGAACACACUCGGAAGCUUCCAGUGCUUCUGUUACAGUGGUUACUACCUGGAAGAUACCAUCAACUGUCAAGAUGUUAACGAGUGUAGGCUUCACCCCAACCAGUGCCACGAGCCGUCAAGAUGUGUCAACAGCCCAGGCUCAUACGAGUGCAAGUGUCCUACAGGAUACGCGUACAACUAUACACACAAUGAGUGCCAGGACGUGGACGAGUGUCAGCAGGACAAAUGUGCGGAAUUGUGUGUAAACACAGUGGGCAGCUACUCUUGUCACUGUGACAGACACGAGAGGCUGAAGCUGGCAAAGGACGGUCACUCCUGUGAGAAAAUCCACGAGUGUCUCCACCUUUCCAACCACAAGUACGGAGAGAUACUCUACCUGGGAGAGCAGUUCAGCGGGCAGCCGAUGAUCUUACUGCACUUUCGGAUUCCGGAGAAGAAAAAUAACAUGUUCGCUGCCGAGUUUGACUUCCGGACGUUUGAUCCGGAGGGUGUGAUUUUGUACGCUGAAUCGUUGGAGGACUCGUGGUUCAUGCUGGGACUGAGGAACGGACGCAUGGAGGUUCAGUUCAAGAACCAGCACGCCGUCAAGGUCACCAGCGGCGGCAAAGCCAUAAACGACGGCCAGUGGCACGUGAUAUCAGUCGAGGAGCUGGAGAACAGCAUCAGCGUGAAGAUUAGUAAGGAGGCAGUGAUGAGUAUUAAUAACCCUGGCAGCCUCUUCAUGCCUGUCAAUGGCAUGCUGCAGGCCAAAGUUUACAUCGCUGGCUUGCCCAAUCGCACCAACAUCAACAAACGGAUCAACCCCAGGUUAGACGGCUGCAUCCGGGGCUGGAACCUGAUGAACCAGGGAGGUUCUGAAGUGAAGGAGUACAUUCAGGGGAAAGAGAGCAAGCAUUGCUUUGUUUAUGUGGAGAAAGGAUCCUACUUCAGUGGGGCUGGAAUGGCCCAGUUCAACAUUGACUACAAUGUUGAGGGUCAGUGGAGAGUCGACUUGGUGAUGAAUAUUCGUCCGUCCAGCAGCACAGGCGUUGUCUUCGCGCUCGUCAGCAACAACACCGUCCCUCUCUCUGUCUCUGUGUUAAGUCAGGGAGAGAGCAAUGCGUACCUGCAGGUGUAUUUAGACAACGUUCCUGUUGUGACGCUCGAGACGCUCAGGCUGUGUUACCCAGAAUACUUAGAAGUGAAGCUGCUUGUGUCUGCUCAUGACUUACAGAUAAAUGCCAACUCCUCCAUCAUGUCCUACACUGACAAGGAAGCUCUCAGACAAGCUUUAGACAAGCUCAAUGCCACCAUGCAGCAGCCAGUCCUUACUUACAUCGGGGGACUGCCAGAUCUCCCCCUGUCCUCCAUGCCUGUCUCAGCCUAUUACCAUGGCUGCAUGGAGAUCCGUGUGAAUAAGCAGCUGCUUGACUUUGAUGAAGCCGUCAGCAAGCACAACAGCAUCAACUCUCACUCAUGUCCCCCAGUUUUCCCUCCAGAGAGCACCUUCCUCUACUAACCAGUGAAAUCUGUGAUGCGAUCAUUGCUAUUACUCUGUCCUUUUGUAAAUACCUGUAAGAAUAUUCUAAGAGCCAGAGAGAAAGACAGAGGGAGAGAGAGUGAGAGUGGGUUAAGUGGGUGGAUGGGUGUUUAAGACAGAGUGCUACACCGGUGGUGUUAGUUAUGGACUCUUCCACUACACUAAACAUUACGUAUUCUGUUACACACUUGUACUGAAACUACAGAAGGAAUUCCUAUUUGUAUAUUUACUUUUUUGGAAACCUGUAUAUGGAGGAGAACUAUGAUUGCUUUUAAAAUAUGUACUCAGUUUGUAUUCAGUAAGGUUUAUGAGUAUGAGCUGGUUUUAUUUAACUUGAAUGAUGUGAUUUUGUAAUGAUUCGAAUGAGUUUUCCAUAUAAUUUUUUUUUUAAGUAGAUUUUUUUUUAGUUGGGAAUUUAACAUGGCGAGAUUGUUAAAUGUAAUAAAAAAAGGGCACUAA